AUCAAAACAUUUAUUUGAAUCGAUAUGGUGCUGUCAUCUAGUCUGCAAGCUUCCUGGUUCUUGAAACAACACUGUCGGGCUUCAGUCGCGACAAGCAUGAGCACGUUUGCGCGCCCCACAUCUGUGGAAAAAAUACCUGCCGUUUCGCUGCAUGUCUCAAAACCAACGUGGUGGCUAGAGAGCAGGUUUCACUUCAGUUUCGCAGACUAUUACAACCCGCAGAACAACAAUUUUGGAGCUUUGAGAGUCUUGAACGACGACCUCGUGAAAGGAAAUGCUGGCUUCGGGACACACGGCCACAGGGACGCUGAGAUUUUCUCCUACGUUGUCGAUGGGGAGCUGACACAUGCGGACUCCAUGGGGAACAAGGAGUCACUGGGCCGGGGCGCUGUUCAGUACCUGAGCGCGGGCAGCGGCAUGCGGCACUCGGAGAUGAACGACGGCGAUGAGACCACGCGCUUCCUGCAGAUCUGGAUCACUCCAGACCAGCGAGGACACGAGCCACAGUAUGGGUCGAGAGAGUACAAGCCUGAAGAUAGGCAUAAUCAGCUCCUGCACCUGCUGGGCGGCACUGGCACCGCACCAACCUGGAGCAAUGUCAACAGCUGUGGGCAGCCCAUCACCCUUCAUCAGGACGUCAAUGUGUAUGUCUCAGAGAAUGAUGGAAGUGUGGCGCACAACAUUGUGCUUGGGGAGGGGAGGCAGGCGUAUUUGGUGGCAAUUGAGGGCAGCUUGGAUGUGAAUGGCACAACUCUGCAGAAGCGGGACGCAGCUGAGCUGGUGUCUGGCUCCCAAGAAGCGCCCCUCACCUUGACAUCUGGCAGCCAAGGAUGCCAUUUUAUGCUCAUUGAAAUGGCAGCGAGUUGA